GCUUUUGAGGCGCCUCAAAAGUUCUCCCUAUGAUUCUCCCUCCCGUGUCAGGUCCAUCCGUGAGUUUGCAGCUUUCCACCAUCGCCUAAAUCACUCACACCAGCGCCUCCUCCUCUCGCCCAACUCCCUCCUCCUCUCCCUCCCCUCGCCCUCCUGCCCCCCUCUCCCACCCCUCGGCCCUCACCUCAUCCCCCCAACCCAAUCAAUCCUCUUCGGCAGCUCCGAACCAAACCGCUGCUUCCGAACCUGUGGCGCAGGUUCGGGAUGUGCUGCGCGGCAGCAGGGGCGGGCGGAGGAGGUCGGCAGGUAG